AGCUUGCGGAAGUAAAAGCUGAAAAAAAAAAUCCCUCGGCAAGACUAGCCCGGAAGUGACGCGUCUUGUCAACAUGGCCAACUCACUAGGUUUCCAGGGUGAUGGGGGUUCGGUAUUGAGUAUGGAACAUGUUAGGUCCUUGACUGAUUUGCAGGAUCUGAAAGAGGCGUAUGAGAGGCUCUGUGCUGAAGAGAAAGACGUGGAAUCUGAGCUCCUGACACUUCUUGGGCAGCAGACGAUUGUAGAAAAAAAGAUGCUAGCCUUGCAGCGGAUGGGACCAAAUCUGCAGCUGAUCGAAGGUGAUGCACAACAGCUAUCAGGAAUGAUCACCUUUACUUGUAAUUUAGCAGAAAAUGUGAGCAGCAAAGUGCGGCAGCUGGACCUUGCAAAGAGCCGACUCUAUCAGGCCAUCCAGAGAGCAGAUGACAUCUUGGAUCUUAAGUUCUGCAUGGAUGGUGUACAGACUGCCAUGAAGAAUGAAGAUUAUGAGCAAGCAGCAGCUCACAUACACAGAUACCUGUGCUUGGAUAAAUCGGUUAUUGAGCUCAGCAGGCAGGGGAAAGAAGGCAACAUAAUCGAAGCCAACCUACAUCACCUGCAGGAAGCAGAGCAGCAUCUAAAAGUUGUAGUGAGUGAAAAGUUUGAUGCAGCAACAAAAUCUGGGGAUCUUCCUCAGGUUGAGAGGUUCUUUAAGAUUUUCCCUCUGCUUGGACUUCAUGAAGAAGGGAUCAGCAAGUUUUCAGGGUAUCUAUGCAAACAGGUGGCUAAGAAAGCUGAAGAAAACCUUCAACUAGCAUUGGGAACAGAGGGUGGUGAAAGAAGAGCAGCACUUAUAUUUGCAGAUACUUUGACACUCCUGUUUGAAGGGAUUGCAAGAAUAGUGGAGACCCACCAGCCAAUCUUGGAAACAUACUAUGGACCUGGAAGACUGUAUAUGCUCAUUAAACACCUACAAGCUGAAUGUGACCGUCAGGUUGAAAAAGUGGUGGACAAGUUUGUACAGCAUAGGGACUAUCAUAGGAAGUUCCAGCAAGUUCAGAGCUGUAUGAUGCGAGGAUCCUCAACAGACAAGAUCGAACCUAGGGAUCUAGACCCAAUCUUAUCUGAGGUAACACUAAUGAGUGCCCGGACUGAGCUGUAUCUACGGUUCAUAAAGCGUCGAGUUGUGUCUGACUUUGAAGUUGGAGACUCCAUGGCAACAGAAGAGGUGAAACAAGAGCAUCUGCAGAAUUUGGAUAAGCUGAUAAAGCAUUGCCUGCUAAGCUGCUCAGUGCAAGAACUUAUUGGAUAUUAUAUUACCAUGGAGGAGUUUUACAUGAGAGAGUCUGUUAACAAGGCUGUGGCCAUGGACACAUGUGAACGAGGGCAGCUGAUCUCCAGCAUGGUGGAUGAUGUAUUCUACAUUGUGAAAAAAUGCAUUGGGCGUGCACUAUCCAGCUCCAGUAUUGACUGUCUUUGUGCCAUGAUAAAUCUCUCUACAACCAUGCUGGAGUCAGAUUUCAGGGAGGUUCUUUGUAACAAGUUGCGGAUGGGUUUCCCAGCUACUACAUUCCAGGAUAUCCAGCGUGGAGUAACAAGCGCAGUCAACCUCAUGCAAAGCAGUCUGCAGCAGGGCAAGUUUGACACAAAGGGUAUUGAAAGCAAUGAUGAGGCCAAAAUGUCCUUCCUGGUGUCACUAAAUAAUGUUGAAGUUUGCAGUGAAAAUAUCAUGACUCUAAAGAAAAACCUGGAGAAUGACUGCAACAAAAUGUUCAGCCAGGGUCUUGGUGGGGAGCAAGCCAAAGCCAAGAUUGACAGUUGCCUAUCUGAUAUGGCUUCAGUGUCUAACAAGUUCAAAGAUCUCCUACAGGAGGGUCUGGGAGAGCUAAACAGUACAGCUGUAAAACCCCAAGUCAAACCAUGGAUUAAUCUGUUUUUGUCAGUGUCUCAUAAUAUUGAAGAGGAAGAGUUUAAUGACUAUGAAGCAAAUGACCCUUGGGUGCAGCAGUUUAUAGUAAACCUAGAGCAGCUAAUGGCAGAAUUCAAGGCAGGGUUAUCUUCAGUUAUAUAUGAGAAUCUCACAAGUCUCCUCACCAGCCUGAUUGCUAUGGAGCUGGAGAAGGUUGUUUUAAAAUCAACAUUCAGCAGGCUGGGGGGCCUGCAGUUUGACAAGGAGCUGCGCUCUCUAAUUGCUUACCUCACCACUGUUACAACUUGGACCAUCAGGGAUAAGUUUGCCCGUCUCACCCAAAUGGCAACCAUCCUGAACCUUGAGAGGGUCACCGAAAUCCUGGAUUACUGGGGCCCUAAUUCUGGGCCUUUAACCUGGCGACUCACUCCUGCAGAAGUCCGACAGGUUCUUGCAUUACGCAUAGAUUUCCGUAGUGAGGAUAUUAAGCGCCUUAGACUGUAGCUGGACAGAUGAAGAAGCACCGAAGUUGAACUAGCCCAGAAAAACUUAAAGACCUUCUUCAGCAGGGACUAAAAUCAGGCACUUUAUCUUUGUGUCUUGUGUGUGAUGGGCACAGGUAUACACAGUCCAGCUUUAAAAUGAAUCAGCUGCUUGAUUCUACGGUGAAUUCAAUAGGGACUGAGGGUUGCUUCAAUGACUAGGCUUUUGAAAGAAUUUACUGCUGUAAUACAUGAAUUAUGAUUUGCCAUAUUAAUACUUGCACUGUCAGACAGAAUAAUAGCACAGUUUGAAUGCCCAAUAAAAGAUAUUGGGCCAUGCUUUGUCAGAA